GUCGACAUAAACAAACCAAGCAAGAAGAUGGCUGAACACUUGGUAGGCAAAAGGCGAAGGAAAAUGUCAACCUUUUCAGUAAAUUGAGGAGACCAAGACCAAGAGAUCUCCUCUCAAGGAACUGAAGAGCAAAAUAGAACUUUCAACCAUAUUGAUGAGAAAUAGCUGGAAUAGUGUAGAUGAUGAAGAAGAAAAAGUUCUCUGAGAAAUAAAUGAAGAUGACCCUGAACCAAAUCAAAUAAAUUUGGAUCUUAUAUCUCUACAACAUGAAACUGAUGAGCCCCAAUUUAAAGACCAAGCAAUCUCGACUGUAGAGCUGCUUAGCCCAGGAGGAAAACUGGAAUCUACAUCAGUAGUACAUGAUGUUAGACCAAGAAGUACCCUUUCAGCUAGGAAGAGAGCCAAGAGACCUUAUCAACAUUCUAUUUCUUCUAGUUUCAAAUAAAGAUAGAAGAAAAAUAUCCAGGAAUAGUAUUGUGCUUCGGAGCAUACCUGUACUUCGACCUUCUCCCAACAGAGGAAUUCCAGGCAAAUUUCAGCGUUCAAAUGUGAUAAAAUCCUCUGAAUUUCUUGAAGACCCCCCAAAGCCCAAGUUGCUAACUGACGAAGAGUUUAAAGAGCGGAAGGCCAAAAUAAUGGUGUUACAUAAAGAGCAAUCUAAAAGGGCUGAGAGACGCCUGAAAGAAAUAGCCAAACAAGAAGAACGCUUCAGAAAACAGGAUGAAGAAAAGAAACGAAUUGAGAAACUCAAUGAAGAAAUAAAACAAACCAUGAAGAAAGAGCGUAAGAAGCAGAUUGAAAUCAGACUUCAGAAAAGAGAUAGACAACGGUGGAAGAAGAAGCAAGAAAUCCGAAAGAUUGAUAUACGUAGCCGAAGCGUGAUGAACAGCACACCGAUGUACGUUAAAAUGCAGAAAAUGUUUGAAGACCAGUAUGUAAAACCUGAGAAGGAGAAGAAACUCAAAAGACUAAAAUUGAUUAGAUUAGACAGGAUCACGCCUAUCAAUCAUUCUGAGAUCAAACUCCACAACAAACAGUAUAAAGAGAAAUUACAGAAAAUGACUGAAGAGAAGAUGAAGAAGAGGGAGACUGAGCUAUCAGAGAAGCUUCCUUCCACGAAGCCAGACCUUUCAAACUACUUCUCCAGGCUUGUCCAAGAAAUGGAUAAAAAGAAGAAGGAAGAAGAGGCUAGGAGACAAAUUAACUUGCAAAGAUAUAAAUAAAAUCAGGAAUAAGUAUUCAGGCAUUUCAUUGUUCCGAAAACUAGGGAAAAACUUCUCUCAUAGUCCCUCCUCCGCAAGAAUGGCAAAGGCUGGGGCUUCGAAUUCAGAAUCGAGGUACUUUCAAAGUGUGAGGCUAGCAGCAAAUGAAAUUUUUGGAAGGAAAAAGCGUAUAGGCAAUGCCUUCUUGAGCGCCUUCGACGACCUGCAGCACAAGCACAAAUAAGAAAAAAGAUGAACAGAUAAAACAAAUCCUCUCAAAAAUUUUCGAGCAGUCCAGAAACGCCAAAUCCACUGACGAGAAGGUGACUCUCAGCUGGCUGAUGAAGCAAAAGACCAAGGCCUUCACCAAUAGAGCUGCUUUAGCUAAAUUUAAGAAGAAAUCUACCAAGAAAAAGCUUAAAAAGAAGAAGGAUGAGGACUCUGAGUCCUCACAGAAAGAAAAUGAGCUCGAAAGGGUAGAAAGUGAGCAAAAUGAGGAUCCUCUGAAGAAAAGUCACUCAAAAGUUAAGAAGAGAAAGAACUCCUUGAAGCUUAGUUGUGGCAGCAGGGAUAACCUGGAUGUAAGGGAUGUCAAGACAUCCACAUCUGCUGAUAAUAUUAUUCAUAAGAAUAUUAGCAUGCAUGGGAAUAGACUCUGUAUUUUUGGUGAUGAAGAUAGGAGUUCAAAAUCAGGUAAAAAUGAAAUCUUACCAAAGAGAGAUGAAACUGAAAUGUCAAAGAUCAAAGAAGAGUCCAUUCCUACACAAGCUCCUACCCAGAAUCAUCUAGUUGUAUUCAAAGAGGAUACUGAAGCGCCUAAAGAGGGAGAAAAGUUAAUGCUACAUGAGGAGAUUUCAUUAUCUCAAGCUCUUCAGCCAAAGGUUGUAAAUUUCCUGAAGCACAUUAUUGGAGGAGAGGAAACUCCGAUUCCCGAAAACCAAACUUCUUCGAAAGACUCUAAACCACCAAAAAAUAAAACUUCAAAAUCUAAUAGAAAAAAGGUGUAUUAUAGGCCUGGAUAUGAUCCCAAAUAAAGCCACAAAAAAGAUCAAGAAAAAGAGAUCUAAUAAGAAGAUAAAGUCAAGACAGCCUCCCAGCUCAGGGCCAAAGAAACCGACUAAAAGAUUAAACCCUAUGCAAAUAAGUGUUGAAAAAUUCAGUGAUGGAAUCGAUCAUUUUAACACCAAUUUUACCAGCUCUCAAUCCCGCAACGAAUUUAUAAAUAAUAAGCAACCAAAUUCACAACAGACUCCUAUCAUUUCAGAGAAAGCUCCUGUAAAGCAAGAUUCCAAGCCGCGGAGAGUCAAAAAGAAUAAACUGUUUCUGAAGAGAUUCAGACAUGUAAAGAAAGAGACAAUAAGAGACCUCCUUCCUCCUAUAUCCCCGAGCGUUGAGUCUAUAACACCUGAAAUUCAGCUACCUCCAAUCAAGAAUAAGCACAAACGGACUGAGACCCAGGAUUUGUCUCUUAAGAAGUUAGAUGAGGAGUCCUACAUGACGAAACAAAAGACUCUUAAUGCUGACCUAUCAGUGACCAGUAAGAACAAGAUUAUUGUUUUGAACAAGAAGUCCUCUAAGAAACCCUCAAAAUUCUUCCAAGAGGCUCAGAAAGCCAGCUUCAAAUCUUUUGAUAAGAAAUCUCCCAGUUGAGCUGCCCUCCUUGAGAAGAAGAAGAUUGAUCGACUAGAGCUUAAAAAUAGAGAGCAAGAGCAAAAUCUACUGGACCAAGAAAAGACUACCACAGAUGAAAAGUAUAGCACGAUUGCCAAGCGCUUGACUCUUAAUGACAAUCUAGUGAGUGAGAUUCAAAGGAAACUUUUCCUUGCACAAGAGCUUUCAUAAUUUCUGUAAUGUUAUUUCUCAA